AGCUUUGAACUAUUAUAUAUGACUUAUAUAUGAUCCCAUAUAUCUAAUGUUUAAGCUGUCACAAAACACAAAUAGUUAAACAAAAACCUUAAGCUACAUGCAACAUGGUGGGAGAGUAUGAAAAUGCUAUAAAAUCCACUGCUUUGGAGUAUUGUAAACAUAAAAACAACGAAUUGUAAAAAUGUUGUGCCAAAACUCAACUUAAACAACGAUUAAACUACUUAUAAAGUCAAAUAACGGCGGCCGAACGCACUCAAGUGAUAAGCCUGCUGCAACAACAACACGCUUAACUCAUAAAUGCACGCGCUUGAAGACUACACAUUAGUGACGAGACAACAAUAGAAUUGCAACAGUGCGACAAUUAUUUUUGGAAAUUAGUGAGUGCAACAUUGCGUGGCAAAAGUAAUUUUCUGCCACAAUUUGAUGCCACAGAAGCCAAUUACAUGAAGAAAUUCAGUCUUGCAUAGAGCGUGAGUGAAGUUGGUUGGUGAAAUUUCAACUGGAGGAUAACAUAAAAAUGCGUUAUAAGAAAUUUGGCUGCUUGCAGAUCCUUUGCCUUGUGCUGCUUGUCGGCGCAAAGGAGGCGGAGCGCGUGAAGCGUGUGCAGAAGCGCGGUGUGGUUGAAAAUUUCGGCGAAGGUUUGAAGUUCGCCGGACAAAUGUUUGGCAUUAACACAGCCGCUGACGUGGCGAAUCUGGUAGCGAUGGCUUUCGCCAAAAAGAAACCGGAUUUCAUGUCGGUGUUUCAGCAGAAACAAACAACCGUAGACGACAGCGAGACGGAGGCAACGCAGCAGGAGGCGGAUUCGCAGGAGCGAGAGAAAGCGUCCGCGGAAAAUGAACAACGGAAGAAGCAAACACAACAGCAGCAGGAGAAGAACGCGAGCUACGAACAGUCGGAACCAGUGGACAAAAGCUCAGCGUUCAGUCCGAGUCGGUUCGUUACAGGUGUGUUGCGCAUGAUUGGCUUCGAUGCAACCAAAUUGGGCGCACUGGCGAUAAACGCGUUAAUCUUGUUUGCACAGACGAUUGGCAAUGCAUUUACAUCACCGCCACGCAGCAUUAAUCCAUACGUGUCACAAUCACCACCACCAUCCAUCAAUCCCUAUGGCAAUGAGGAUGAUGACGUGCCCGAUGCAUUGCGUGACGGCGAACGGGAAGCACAUCAACCGCGCGCUUUACGCGCAGGCACACCGAUCGACUGGUAUCUGGAGAACCCGGAUGAGGGAAUGCGGCGCACGCUGGACGAUGCCUUGGACACGCGUCUCACAGAUCGCAUUACGGAGAUGAUUGAAUAUGUGGAGCAGCGCGAUGGUGGUCAGGGUGGCUGCUUGAAGCUGCUGAUGUGCAAGAGUUCACCAAUUAUUUGGGGCAUGCAACGGUCGGUGAGUGAACGCGUUACGGGCAAGGUGGCGAACACAACUGAUGAGGAAACGUCACAGAAGGAGAAGGAGAAACCGAAGAAAUUAUUUUCAACGGAUGUGUUUUUUACACAUCUUCCCACAAUUGCGGAAUUUCGCGAACAUGGCACAGUGUGUGAUGAGCGUUUCGGCAAAGAGUGUAAUCUAAAUGCGGACUAUGGUAAUCGUAGAGCGGAAAAGCGUGCAACAGAAAAGGAAAAGGGAAACAAGUAAAAGUGAAAUGUGGUACGGAGUGUUAAUUUUAAUGCUAUAAAUAGAUAAAAUAAUAAUAAAUAGAAUUCAAAUAAAAUAGCAAAUAUCUAAUAGCAGUUAGCAGAGCUUACAAACAAUGUAAGGCUAGUUUAGAUAACGAUAGGUCUAUGGCCGAUUUUCAAGUUGGAUUAUCACAUUUGCACCGCUAGUUCACCUAUGAAGGCGCAAGAUCCGAGGUGUUUUAGGUUUAAUUUUAAAAAGGUGGGAAAUUAAAGAGGGUUCUUCAUGAUAAUGUUUAAAAAAAUUAUACUAAUGUAUCUAAUAAAGUAAUUGGAAAAAUUUCAAAAACUCUGGCAGCGACUAUAGGCCUUUUCAAUAUAUGUAUACAAAUAUACUACUGAUAAUUUUAGUAUGAAAGGUAAAUUAGUGCGCCUUAUUUUAGAUAAACUUUUUGAGGCAAUAUAUAACUACUUUAAAAUUUCUUUCGAGAAAUUGAUUUAUUGAGAAACAAUUUUAUAUAAAAAAAGCAUGCACGGAGGUCCAUAUAACCAGGUGAAAUAUUGGAAUUUCUGAAGUUUAGCAAUUUAUCAGUCUUGAGUGGGAUUUAAAACUCGUCUGUAAUUCUUAUUACAGAAACAUAGAAAGCCAGUGGACUCUCUAUACGAGUUAUUCUGGCGUCAAGGAAAAUAUAUAUUAAUUAUAAAAGUUAUUAUCGGAUCAAACGUAUGGAUGGAUUAAUGAACAAGUUUUCGACAAAACAUGAACCGGAACCAGCUAUACAAACAAUUUGAAGUACAGGUCUGUAUAAUUGUCAGCUUAGAAAUAUAGGAGGGUUGUCUUAGAAUCUGUUCAUUUAGGAAGAAAUAUGACAGUGUGUGUUUUUUGGACCAACGAUUGUAGGAAAGUACUCGUAACUAAAACAAUAUAGACUGAAGCACCUUAAUUGAGAUAAUUGAAAUGUAAAAAGCGCUAUGCCGGUGCACGAUGUGAUGUGUUAAAAUAGAAAAUAAUAAAAUAACACCCGACUAGCCUUGAGGUGAUGGAUAUAACAAUGUCAAACAAAUAUAGGGGUUAGUAAAAAAUACAUUUGUAUUGAAAUAAUGCAUUAUACGGGUUAUUUACCAUUAUAAUUGAUGAAGUGUAUCACAAAGCGCCUAUCAGACCCUUUGCUGUGCUCAACAAAAAAAGUGUAGGGGCCUAAAUUAAUAUUAACCCUGAAGCGUAUCAAAUUAGGCAGUCAAUUCACAUUUUAUAAUGAGGAGUGUAUUAUGUGCUUAUAAAAU